AUGAUUGGGAAUUAAAUAAGAGAUAAUAACUAAAUAAGAGUGCUUUUAACUGGCGCAUCUGGGUAUCUUGCGGGUCAUGUGCUGUUUUGUUUGCUUGAGAGAGGUUAUUAAGUAAGAGGAACAGUUAGGUCAUUAUAGAACCAUAAGAAAAUUGAUCAUUUGUAUUAAAUAAAUCCAUCAAAGAGUAAGAAUUUAGAGUUGGUUGAAGCUGACCUCUAAGACAAAAGUUCUUGGGAUUUAGCUAUGAAGGACAUUGAUUAUGUAGUGCAUACAGCUUCUCCAAACCCUUAAUCAAUUCCAAAAAAUGAAGAUGAGCUAAUCAUACCUGCUGUCUAGGGUACUGAAGCAAUUUUUGAGGCUGCUUUAAAGCAUAAGAUUAAAAAAAUUGUUAUGACUUCUUCAAUGGCUACUGUUUUUACUGGAAUAAAGCAUAAAAAUUUCUUUACAUCAGAAGAUUGGUCUAAUUUAGAAUAAUGUCCUCCCUAUGAAAAAUCCAAAACAUUGGCAGAGAAAAAGGCUUGGGAAAUUUAUGAAAAGAAUAAAUCAAGUUUGUAAUUGACUGUAAUUCUUCCAGGAGUCAUAUAAGGUCCAUCUUUUCACUCAAACGAUUUUUUGAGUGCUGAUUUUAUCUUAAAAGCUAUGAAGAAUGAACUUCCUGGUAUUCCGAAAGUAAGUUUCGCAACUAUCGAUGUUAGAGAUUGCGCAUUAGCUCAUGUAAUUCCUCUUGAUCAGGAUAAAUUAUAAUUGACUGAUGGGAAAAGAUAUUUACUUACUGAAGGUACAUACUGGAUGUAUGAUCUAAUUCAGAUACUAAAGGAAGAAUUUUCACAAUAUAGUUAUAAGUUCACUUCAUUCACUGUUGAAAGUAAAUUAUUACUUAGCUUAGCUGGAUGUGUUGAUAAGUAAGUAGCACUUAUAAAGCCUUUUUUCUAAAGAAGAAUAAUUCUGGAUAACACUCCUGCUAUGAAAGACCUGAAUAUUCACUUUAAACAUCAUAGAACUACUUUAAUAGAAUUUGCUUAUGAUUUAAUAAAAAAAGGAUGUAUUCCUAACAAAUUACCAAAAGAAGCAUAAAUUAACCAUCAAACAAUUAAAAUUUGA